AUGCCUCAGAGAUUAACUUUAACGAACGAAAAUGCAGCUCCAAGUCGAGCCAAGGAAGACUAUUACGAACUUCUCGGAGUCCCAAAGAACGCCUCUCAGUCAGAAAUCAAGAAAGCAUAUUACGCACUAGCGAAGAAGUACCACCCUGACACGAACAAAGAUCCCGCCGCGAAAGAAAAGUUUGUAAAAAUCCAGGAAGCAUAUGAUGUGCUUGGCGAUGAUGAAAAACGUGCUCAAUAUGAUCAAUGGGGCUCUGAUGCUGGUGGUUUUCCUGGAGGUUUCGAAGGUUUCUCGGGUGGCGGUUUUCCCGACUUUGGAAAUUUUGGGGGAUUCGGAAACAACGAUUUUUUCAAUCAUGUGUUUGGUGGUUUCGCCAGAGGCCCGGGCCCGGGAUUUGGUGAACCACUAGUUCAAGGUUCCGACAUAGAGAUGCAAUUAAGCAUUCCUUUCAUGGAUGCUGUCACAGGAACGUCUCAAACUGUUUCGGUCGAGGCUAUUUCGACGUGUAAAGCAUGCAAAGGUCGAGGUACUAAAGGUGGAGUGAACCCGGAUAAAUGUAUUGCAUGCAAGGGUACAGGAGUUCGGCGCAUGUCUAUCGCCUCGGGCUUCCAUAUGCAAAGCACAUGUCCCGAAUGCGACGGCAAAGGUACCAGAAUACGCCCUGAAAAUCGUUGUCCCAGUUGUGGUGGUAGAGGACAAGUGAGGGAUCGUAGGCCGGUGUUGAUCGAAAUUCCAGCAGGCGUGGAUGACGGUAUGAACAUUCGAAUACCAAAACAAGGAGAUAUGCCAUUGGGUGUUGAGGGUAUACCGGGUGAUUUGAUUGUUAGGAUACAAGUCAUACCCCACAAAGUAUUUAAGCGACAAGGCUCCAAUAUUGUUGUUGAAGCACAAGUUCCAUUCCACACAGCUAUAUUAGGAGGCACCAUUAGAGUUCCUACAGUGGACGGUGAUGUAGAAUUGAAAGUUCCCUCAGGUUCGCAGCCUGAGCAACAAGUAUUAAUGAAAAAACGCGGGAUCAAAAAGAUAAACUCCCAGAAUCGAGGAGAUCAGAUUGUCGUUUUCAAAGUGAAAUUACCGACGUGA